GUUUUUGAGAAUGCCUGCAGCUGCAUCAGCAGCAAACCCAAUCCCAUAUUCUCUCUCUCUCUCUCUCUAUUCUCCAUCUUUCCAGGGAUUUCUCCUUAAAACUAGGGUUUUUUCUCGAUUCUUCCCCAAACAAUAAAGAGUGAGAAUUCAAAAUCCUUCAAUUUUCUUUAUUUUAUUUCAGAAAUCGAUCUUUUAUACGUAUUCUGGAAUUGAGCUGUAAAAGAUUCGAUUUUCACGCGGCAGAGAUCGUGUUGAAGUCUCUGGAUUCAGUGACGUUUCGUCAAUACGAGGUGAUAAUUUAUUGACCAUAGCUGUCCUGAAAAUUCCAUUUUGCCGAAACUGCUGCUACUGGUUUGUAUGCUACUUGCAAUUGGAUACUGAAUUGAAGAAGAUGAGAUCAAUAGUUCGAGCUGUCCGUCAUGUUCGGUCAGCUUCCCGGCUUCGGAAAGGAGAGGCUUUUUUGAAUGGCUUUGGUAGAAGAAGGCAAAGAAUUUUGGAUAAUCCAGUUGGGGUUUCCUCAUUUUUGCCAUCUUGCAGUAAUGAAUUGGAUAGAUACUUGCAUCAUGUGAUGAUAUCUAGGGCGCUAUACACCCCUGCUGCAAAAGAAACCAGUGAAGUUACAGAUGUUGGGGGAGGAGGUCCCCUCGCAGAGUAUGAGCGAAGAAUUGCAGCUGGGGAACUUGCCGAUGGUGACAGCUUCCAGGUUGACAUCCUUAGAGCACUUCAAAGACUCUACGAUGAACUUGUGGAAUCAGCUGAUACCUGUCGAUUGGAUCGGUAUGCGGCUUCUGAGAAAGCUGGGAGGAGUAGGUGGUUAUGGUCCCGUUUCUUACCGCAGGCUUCAUAUUCACCUGUCAAAGGACUUUACCUGUAUGGAGGAGUGGGCACUGGAAAAACGAUGAUGAUGGACUUGUUUUAUGACCAGUUGCCAUCUAACUGGAGGAAAAAGCGAAUCCAUUUUCACGACUUCAUGUUGGGUGUCCAUAGUCGCCUUCAAAGGCAUAAAGGUGUCUCAGAUCCACUUGAGGUUGUUGCAGGAGAGAUAUCAGAUGAGUCCAUUUUAUUAUGUCUAGAUGAAUUUAUGGUGACUGAUGUUGCUGAUGCAUUGAUAUUGAAUCGUCUCUUUGGGCAUCUAUUCAGCAAAGGCGUUAUUCUUGUUGCUACUUCAAAUCGUGCUCCAGAUAGCCUUUAUGAAGGUGGCUUGCAGAGGGACCUUUUCUUACCCUUUAUUGCCACAUUGAAGGAGAGAUGUUUAGUUCAUGAAAUUGGUUCUUCCACUGACUAUCGGAAAAUGACGUCGGCUGAGCAAGGUUUCUAUUUUGUUGGACUGGAGUACUCUGGACUUCUGAAGAAAAAGUUUCAGCAGUUAAUUGGACAACAUGUAGCCAGUCCACAAGUGGUGGAAGUUGUCAUGGGCCGCAAAUUGCAGGUUCCAAUGGGUGCUAAUGGAUGUGCGUACUUUCCAUUUGAGGAACUCUGUGACAGACCUCUUGGAGCUGCAGACUAUUUUGGAUUGUUCAAGAAUUUCCAUACUCUUGCACUGGAAGGUGUGCCAAUAUUUGGGAUGCACAAUAGGACAGCAGCAUAUCGGUUUGUUACUUUAGUCGAUGUGAUGUAUGAGAACAAAGGCAGGUUGCUAUGUACAGCUGAGGCAUCUCCAACCGGACUUUUUGAUAGAAUUGUGACGGUUGCCGAUGCACAAAAGAUGUCACCUAGAACGUCUUCACGGUCGAGGAAGAAUGACGAUUCAGACCUUUGUGUGGACAAUGAGUUGGGAUUUGCAAAAGAUCGCACUAUCAGUAGAUUAACAGAGAUGAACAGCAAAGAGUUUUUAGAACAGCAUGCGGCCAUGUUGCUAGAGAAGCCUUCUCAGGAAGAAGCCAAGGAGGAUCACAACGCUGUCCAAGCAUGAUAAGGUUCUGACAUGGCAAUGUAAUUUGUUAUUUGUAACAUGGGGUCCACUUAAGGUUUGAUUCCAUCAAUAAUAUUUUAGGUAUGUCCAA